CUCCGAUACUUGGCCUUUUUCUUUCGUUUUCUUGUAAAGGCCGGCUUGUUUUUGGAAAACCCAGGUCUGUAAUCAGUUACUCUCUAUUAGAUCCUCUUUUAUAUAUAUAGCUUAUACAAAAAUUGUAGAUUAAAUAAAAAUGGGUAGUGGAGAAAAAAGCCUAAAGUUAUUUCAGCUUAUUCAUCACAAUAACGGUCACCACCAUGGGACCAAAAAUAAGGGUGUAAUCAGAGACGUUCCAAAAGGGUGCUUGGCAAUCAUAGUGGGAUCACAAAAUGAAGAACAACAGAGAUUUGUGGUGCCUGUGAUGUACUUUAAUCACCCUUUGUUCAUGCAAUUGUUGAAGGAGGCUGAAGAAGAAUAUGGAUUUGAUCAAAAGGGAACUAUCACCAUUCCUUGCCACGUGGAGGAGUUUAGGUACGUUCAAGGCUUGAUUGAUAGGGAAAAAUCCUAUCACCACCAUCACAACCACCACCAUCUUCAUCAUGUUACUGCUUGCUUUAGGGUUUGAAAUAAAUUUAAUCUUUUUUUUUUGUAAAUUUGGGGAAUUAUUGUUUUUUUUUAUUUUCCUUUUUCUUUUUCCCUAUUUAGUUGGAUGGUGAUGACAAAUGUGAUGUUUUCAUGACGGAAAAAAUGUUGAAAUUAAAGACAUUGCUUUUUAGCAGUUUAUUAGUGAUUUCUUUCACUUUUUGAAAAGAAAGAAAGGGAAGAAACGUUUUUAAUCA